GUAAAUUACGUCAUUAUUGUGCGUCGCAUGUUUACAGUUAGAAAUGAGCUCUAAAUAACAACUUAUUUUAAUGCAUAAUGACAGAGUGUCAUCCUAUAUUAAGGCUUAUUAAUAGCGUGGUGGAUUUGGAGUAUUGAAAGGGCGUUUAUUAUAAGAAUUAUCUGCAUUAUUUGACUGUAUUUGCCAUCAGUUUUUGACAGAUGUUUUUUUUAUUGUUCUUAUUGGAUAACGUGAAACUUAAAGUUCCAGCACCUACAACUAUUCUGGAAAUCUAUUAUCCCAAGGAUUUUCUACAGUUCAUUAUGGCGGGUAAAAGCUAAGUCUUAAUGGGAAUGGUCGAGUAUGGACAAAGAAGAAGAUUUGGAGACACUUGGUGAACAGCUUUAUUCUAUGAUUUACCCCAAACACAAGGAGAGUGCUGGAAAACUCACAGGUAUGUUGCUUGAGCUUCCUAAGGCUGUUCUCAGCCAGAUGCUGCAGGAUGAGGCCAUACUGACAGCAGCUUUGGAGAAAGCCCUAAAAGCUCUGCAGGCGGCACCAAAGUCCAGUGAGGUAACACAUAACGACGAUGAUGAUGUGUCCGAGUCCUCUGACUCUCUGGGAGAACAGCUGUUUGAGUUGGUGGAUAUUUACAACACUGGCUACUCUCAGAAAAUAACAGGAAUGUUGUUGGAGCAGCACAAAGAGGCCGUUUUACAGCUUUUGUCAGACCCCAAACUGCUUGAAGAGCAUGUGAACAUCGCUCUGAAGACACUAAAAGAGCAAAAUAUAGAGGAGACAGAUCUCAGUGACGCUUCAGAAGCCGAUGAGACAGACAGGCUAGGAGAGAAGCUCUUCUCAUUGGUUGAGCAGAUGGAUUCACUGCAUGCAAAUGAUAUCACAGGUAUGCUCCUGGAGAUGGACUCGGCUUCUAUCCAACAGCUGCUCAGUGACCCGGCAAAGCUGGAAGCUGCAGUUCAAAAAGCACAAGCAGUUCUGGAUGCUGUGAGCUAAGCUGAAUUUGAUUAAAAACUGCAAAUUCUGAAGGACCUUAUUUAGCGCUUUUCUAAUUUCUUUUUAACAUUUUCCCAUCAGUGUCUACUGAAGAAGUGAUCCAUCCCUUCUGCUUCCCUUUGCUGCUGAACUGUUAACUUUUUUUUUUUUUGAUCAAAUUGUUUACAUUGCUGAAUAAUAGGAUUCUUGCUGUUGAGAACUUACAUAAAAGUUUAAUAUGCUGCUUUAAUUAGUUUGUAUUACAGCAAAAAAAAAAAAAAAAAUAGUUCAGCUUCUUUGAAAUCCAGCCGAUUUUAAUAUAAAUCAUAUUUAAUUAUGUAACCGUAAGAAUGUUGUUAUAUGUAUAUUUGUAAUAGAAAUACCCCACUGAUUAUAUAGAGGUUUGUUACUAUUUUUUAUUCUUUCGCACAGCAGCAGAUAAUUUAAAAUUUUAAAAGUUUUAGCCUGAUCUAAUAAUGUGUGUGCUUCCAAGUCCAUAAACAUUUCAGAGUUAAGAAAAUAUAUGCUAAUUUGUUGUAGUUAUACAUUCAUGUUAUUUAAAACAUGACUUGCUGCUGUACUAUCGAGGAAGGAGACAUCAAGCUGGUAACAGUUGGUACUGACACAGAAUAGCCCUUUGGAUCCAUUCUGUUAAACCAGCCUAUUACUUAUUAAAUGUGUUGUACGCUUUUGGACAAGUAGAACUUCCAUCUUCCAAAAGUCUGUUCUUUGGAAAGAGUUUUUCCUCUGUGUGAAAUAAAGUUAUAUUUUAUUUUUUUUUGGA